GUUUUAUACCAUCAAUCUUCCACACCAGCUUCUUUCUACAUCGACAUCAUGGAGUCAGCAAGGACCACCUCCCAAAAGAGCAAGAAGUUCAGAAUCCUCAUGCUUCACGGCUACGCACAAUCCGCCCGAGUCUUCCGCAUCAAAAUGCGCCUCCUAAUGGAACAAAUCACCCAAUCAAUCACCCCAACCCUAAGCGAAGAAUAUCCGGGGGGAAUCGAAUUCCUUUUCCCCGACGGCCCAAUCAACCUACACGCCCCAGGAACCUCCCCCAGCCCCGAGCACUCGGAAAACCAAGCCUGGUGGCUUAACCUCGACGACACAAGCCGCUACGUCUUCCUCAACGAGACCUUACACUACCUCAUCGACUUCCUCCACGGAGAGCCCAUUCACGGCGCAAUCGGCUUCUCACAAGGCGGUGCCUUGGCCGUGAUGCUCACAUCUAUCUUCGAAGCCGCCACCGAUCCCAACCCCUACAGAAUCCAAUCCAUGGAAGACCAAGGCCUCCCGGCAAAAACCCUCCUAGCGCGCCUCCCAGGCCAACAACCACUGCAAUUCGUGCUCAGCUUCUGCGGCUUCAAGGGAACAAUGAACUACUACAGCAGUCUGUACAGCACCAUGCUGAAGACGCCCUCGUUCCACGCCAUCGGCGCGUUCGACACGAUGGUCGCGGCCGAGAAAAGCAAGCUCCUCGUGAACUCGUUCGUCGCGCCCGAGGUCCUGCAUUAUUUCGGGGGCCACUUCAUACCCCGCGACCGGGAGAGUCUGCGCACGAUUAUGGGUUUCGUGCAGCGGACGUGUGCUGAUGGGGUCAGGAAAUGUGGUGGGAGGCAACAGGUGGGCGAAGAGGGGGUGCUUUCAGGGUCGUCCUGUGCCUCGGUCCCGGCGCCGUAUCGCGCAGCGAAGAUGUUUUUGAUUCGGAGACGCCCGACGGUGCAGAUGUGUAGGGCUAGGAGGGUUAUUGGGUAG